AUGCCCCUCUGUUCUCAGUCCUCCACUGCCCGUGGCCCUUCUGUUUUUGAACRUUUGUCUCCUACUGCCCCACCCCCUCCCCCAAUCCCCAAGUCCCUUCCUGUUCAGCGCAGGACCAUUGCCCCUCUCCCCGGGGGCAUCGACAAACGCGACAGCCCCAUCCUCUACCAAGGCGACCGCAUGGUGUGCAACAACUUCAACGACCUGGGCUGCUCUGUUUCUAUGACCCUCCCAGAUCGCACCACCCACUGCGGCAACCUUCAGUCCACCCUCUCUGAGCCAGACAUAGUUGAUGCCCUCUUAGCUAAAGAAGUCCAAGACCGAUUCAUGAUUGGUCCCUUCAGCCAGCCCCCCUUCUCCGUCUUUCGUGUCAGCCCCAUUGGCAUUGCCACCCAAAAAUACUCAGGCAAGAAGAGGCUGAUCACUGACUUGUCCGCCCCUCACGGGUCCCACGUACCAAGCAUUAAUAGUCUCAUCCCUUUCUCAGACUUUUCCAUGCAAUAUGCUACCGUAGACCAUGCCAUCCGCCUCAUUCGUCUGGCGGGCAGGGGAGCCUGGCUCUCAAAGACCGACAUUACUAGUGCUUUCAAGGUCUUGUCCAUUCACCCAGACUUCUGGCGCUUUUUUGGCGUGUAUUGGAAGGACACCUACUACUUUGCAGUUCGGCUCACCUUCGGCUGCCGAAGUAGCCCCAAGAUUUUUGAUUCACUGUCUGAAGCUCUUUGCUGGAUCCUUCUUAAUAAUUUCAGGCUCCCUUACGUUCUCCACCUUCUGGAUGACUUUCUUAUCAUCACCCCUCCCUCCUCUUCACCUUACUCAGGGCUCUGCGCUCUCACCCAUGCCUUUUCAGAUCUAGGUGUUCCUCUUUCUGAAGAAAAGACAAUCGGUCCUUUUACUUCAUUGGAGUUUUUAGGCAUCACCCUAGACUCCUCMUCCUUUCAGGCUUCCCUACCUCCCGAGAAGGUGCAUCGCAUCACCCUGAUCCUCUCUAACUUCAUGCUCAUAGAUUCCUGCACCAAGCAUCAGCUGUUGUCUCUUCUCGGCCACCUAAAUUAUGCCAUCCGCAUCAUACCCCAGGGGAARUCUUUCAUUUCCCAUCUUUUAUCCACCACUGCCAGCGUCCCGUCACUCCAUGGCCGUCUUACGCUUGACUAUGCCUGCAGGAUGGAAAUGAAGCUCUGGCACCAUUUUCUGUCUUCCUGGAACGGCAUCUCUUUCUUUUACAAUGAUUUCAUCUCCUAUCCAGAUGACAUUCAGCUCUACACAGAUGCCGCCCCCUCCAUUGGGUUCGGCAGUUUUCACAAAGGCAGAUGGUUUGCCUCCACUUGGCCCCCGGAGGUUGACUCCCUGCAACCAGAUUUGGCCUCUCCCUCUUCUGCUUUGUAUGAGCUGUUUCCCAUUGUCAUCGCAGCUCUCCUUUGGGGGCACGAAUGGUCCCAGCACUCCAUCCUCAUCCAUUCUGAUAACACGACUGUAGUUGAAAUAAUUAACAAAGGUCGUUCUCAUUCCUCAGCCAUCAUGCAACUCAUGCACAGACUUACACUAGUUUCAGCUCAACAUCUGUUUCUGCUCAGGGCAGCUCACGUUCCAGGCUAUCAUAACCGCAUUGCUGAUGCGCUCUCUCGUUUCUCCUUCCUGAAAUUCAGGGCAUUGGCGCCUACAGCAGACCCUCAUCCGACACUGGUCCCUCCGUUUUCAGCCACAAUCUUCAACUGA